ACCCCGGGACCAGCCUUCGGGGCGGCACGGCCCGACGCCGGCGGAGCGGAUGCGGUGGCGCGCCACGGCCGGGGGACCCGGGAUGCGAGCUGCCGGGGGCCCGCGCGGGAGAGGCACCGGGGGCCCGGGGGCCCAGCGGCGCGCGCCGCGGCCCGACUCUGCGCCCCGGAGGGGGAUGGGGUGCGCCUAGACGCCCCGCGGCCCCGCACCCACCCCGCGCCCCGCUCGCCGCCCGCCUGGAGGGUGUCGGGGUGCAGGGGGGGGCCCGGGCCGAGGGAACGCGCGCCGCCGGGGCGUUCUCCCCGCCCCCGGGGCCCUGCCCGCCGGCCCGCCCCGAGAGCCCGUCACCUCCUCCCGCCGGCCGCCGGGUCCACCCCGGGCCCCCCUCCCCCCCCCACCCCCACGCCGCCCCCGAGCACCAAGUUGGCGGGAGCCUAUAAAAGCCGGGGACGGCGCGACCCGCGGACACAGCGUGCCAGCUCCCAGCCCCGCCGCGCCGCCGCCAGCCGCCAGCCCCGCCGCGCGACCAUGUCCCAUCACUGGGGAUACGGCAAGGACAACGGACCCGACCACUGGCAUAAGGAUUUCCCCAUUGCCAAAGGAGAGCGUCAGUCCCCCGUGGACAUCAACACCAAGACCGCCGUUCAUGACCCUUCCCUGAAGCCCCUGAGUGUGAGCUAUGAGCAAGCCGUGUCCCGGAGAAUCGUGAACAAUGGUCACGGAUUCAACGUGGAGUUCGAUGACUCCCAGGACAAAGCAGUGCUGAAAGGAGGACCGCUCACUGAAACUUACAGGUUGAUCCAGUUUCAUUUUCACUGGGGCUCUGCUGAUGGGCACGGUUCUGAGCAUACUACGGAUAAAAAGAGAUAUGCUGCAGAGCUUCACCUGGUUCACUGGAACACCAAAUAUGGGGAAUUUGGAAAAGCUGUGCAACAGCCUGAUGGAUUGUCUGUUUUGGGUGUUUUUUUGAAGAUUGGCAGUGCUAAUCCAGUCCUCCAGAAAGUGCUCGAUGCCCUGGAUUCCAUUAAAACCAAGGGGAAGAGCGCUGACUUCUCUAACUUUGACCCUCGUGGCCUCCUUCCGGCGAGCUUUGACUACUGGACCUACCCGGGCUCCCUGACCACACCCCCUCUCCUGGAAUGUGUGACCUGGAUCGUGCUCAAGGAGCCCAUCACUGUUAGCAGUGAGCAGAUGUCGAAAUUCCGUAACCUUAAUUUCAACAAGGAGGGUGAACCCGAGGAACUCAUGCUGGACAACUGGCGCCCAGUCCAGCCUCUGAAAAACAGACAAAUCAGAGCUUCCUUCAAAUAAGAGAGUCCUAGAGCCAGCACUUAAUAAUUUUUUGGUUUCCCUUUAGCUAAGCACAAAUCUGCCUUGGUGAAUUUUGGACCUUGGCUGCUUUGCAUCUGAUUUUCUAAACCCUCAUCUCCCACCUGACGUACUUACUAAUAUAAUGUGAACAGCUAGAAUUGUCUUGCUUGAGAAAAUUGCUGUGACUGGUGCUUUGUUUAAUGGUAUAGACAAAUUUCUGUAACAGGGAAUAGAAUAAAAUAAAUAGGUAAAAGUAUCUUGACUUUGGUCACAGCCUGCGUAGGGAUGAGCAUUUACAACUGUUCACUAAAAUGCUUCGUUAAAACUUAGGAAAGUAGAAUGAUUGAGUGCAAUUAUGCAUCACAAGAUAAGUCAAGCCGCAUAACGUAAAUCAGGUAAAAUAGACGUGAAGCAAUGUAAUGUAAAUCUGAUCAAAGAAAUGUUAUGAGCCUAAGAUGUUAUAUUAAAGAAAUAAAAUUAUAAAUUCUUAUAUAUUUGUAGCAAUGUUACCUUAAAUAUGAAUUAUGCUGUAUUUUAGUGAUUUUUGAAUUACAGAGAUAUAAAUUAAGUGUUAUCUGUAAAAAUUGUUUUACUUAUAGUUGUGAUACAGAGUAUAUUUCCAUUUAAAUAAUAUAUCAUAACUUAAUAAAUAUUGUAUUUUAGAUAUGUUCUCUAAUAAAAUUCAGAGUUAUA